UGGAGAAUACCUAGAUGCUACUGCGAGCUUUGAUAUAGAUAGAUAUGUAGACUUCCUUCUGAUGUACAAGAAUGUUACCUACACAAUGGAUAUGCCGGCGCUGCAUUACAGCCCUAUCGCGGUCACAUAAUCGGCCUUUCAUUCGCUUCGCCAGUUCAAAUACUACAAACACAUUGCCAUUGGUCCUGCUUGAACGGGCCCGAAAUAUUGCUAAAGAGCACGACCAACUCACUGUCACAAUCGAGUCCGACUUUAACAGUAAGACGGCUAAGCGAAUUGGCGAAUUGUCGCGUGUUGCGACAGCUUUGAAGGAAUGGGACGCCGCGCAAUCAUCCAUCGCCGAGCUUACGGCCCUCCUCGAAUCCAAAGACGCCAAAGAUGAAGAGCUAGAAGAAUUAGCUCGUGAGGAGCUCUCUUCGACAUACUCGAGCCUCGAACCUCUUGCGACUGCUCUUUCUGCCUCUCUGACACCUCGCGACCCUUUUGCCGAUAUGCCUUGUAUGGUUGAGAUCCGUCCUGGGCCGGGAGGCAUGGAAGGGCGUUAUUUCGCGGAUGCUAUCUUCCGAAUGUACCGACAAUACUGUUCCCGUAUAGGAUUACGGACGCAGGUGGUGAAAUACGAACUUGCAGAGGGCGGCGAGUCCUCGGGCGGAGCGAACGAGGCACCAUUACUAGAAGCUGUUCUAGAAAUUCAAGACGCCGGUGCCUAUGACAUUUUCCGCGGUGAGGCUGGAAUGCACAGGGUUCAGCGCGUCCCCUCAACAGAAAAAUCCGGACGCACACAUACAAGCGCCGUUGCUGUAUGGGUUUUGCCAGCUUUUCCCGAAAACAGCGCAUCAGACCAUGAUUUCAAUAAUCCCGACAGCCUCUUUUAUGUGAACCCAGCAGAGGUUCGUGAAGAGAAAAUGCGUGCAGGUGGCGCAGGUGGCCAACACGUCAACAAGACGGAAAGCGCUAUCCGCCUUACACACGAGCCUACUGGCAUCAGUGUUUCUAUGCAAGAUUCUCGGUCGCAACACACCAACCGUAAGUCUGCCUGGACAGUGCUUCGAUCACGCUUAGCCCAGAAACGAAGGGAAGAGAGAGAAGAGGCGGCUUGGGCGUUGAGAAAUAGCGUCCUCAGUAAAGACAAGAUUACCCGUGGUGACAAGAUCCGUACAUACAACUAUUCCCAGGACCGUUGCUCAGAUCACAGGUCUGGUUUGGACGUCCACAAUCUGCCUGACGUCCUCGCUGGCGGAGAGACGCUCGAUAAAGUAAUAGCGAGUACUAAAGAGUGGCUGAUCCAACGAGAUAUUCAGGCAUUGAUCGCCGAGGAAGAAGCCACCGCAGCUGCCGCUGCGUCUAGUGACACGAAAAAGGCGAAGCGGUAACAUAUUGUGCCUUGCAUUUUACUUGAUAGAUCUUGUACAUAUAUGUCCUCAAACUGUUUACAAUACCCUGAGAGCAAGCAAGAUACGCACC